UUUUUUUUUUUUUUUUUUGAAAACGAAUUUCGUAAGAUUCGGAUGGGGAUUUGCUUUAGCGCUGAAGAGCAGUACCAAUUCUCUCAACAGCAAAACUAUCAGAAGAAGACAACACCAGGGAAAAAAUCAGCUGUGUAUCUAAUGAAGUCAGAUUGUCAAGAUUCUUCUGUUGGUAAAGUGAGUGCAAGUGGUGGCUUGUCUUUGGCUCCUAAAAACAUUAAAGAUCUUCAGUCUAAUCCAGGAUAUGAAAAUGUUGAUAUUUUCACCUACGAGGAGAUGAAGGUUGCUACUAAGCAGUUCAGGCCUGAUUAUAUUCUUGGUGAAGGAGGUUUCGGAGUGGUCUAUAAAGGAGUUAUAGAUGACUCUGUCAGGGCUGGUUACAAGUCUACCAAAGUUGCCAUCAAAGAACUUAAUCCAGAGGGCUUCCAGGGAGACCGAGAGUGGCUGGCUGAAGUCAACUAUUUAGGACAGCUUAGUCACCCGAAUUUGGUCAAGCUCAUUGGCUACUGCUGUGAAGAUGAUCACAGAUUAUUAGUCUAUGAAUACAUGGCAAUGGGGAGCCUUGAGAAACAUCUUUUCCGAAGAGUUGGAUGCACUUUGACAUGGUCGAAAAGGAUGAAGAUUGCUCUAGAUGCAGCCAAGGGUCUUGCAUUUCUACAUGGUGCUGAACGCUCCAUCAUAUAUCGGGAUCUGAAGACAGCAAAUAUAUUGCUAGAUGAGGGUUACAAUGCUAAACUCUCUGACUUUGGACUAGCAAAGGAUGGUCCAAGAGGAGAUCAAACACAUGUCUCAACACGUGUUAUGGGGACUUACGGAUACGCUGCUCCUGAGUACGUAAUGACAGGUCUGUCUUUA